AUGAAUUUGUUCGUGGCAAAAAGUGGUGAUGGUAUUAGUAAUUAUCGUAUGGAUUAUACAACAUUUGAUCAUAUUAUCUUUUAUGUGGCAUUUUUUGGAAUAAUUAUCGAUGUAAUUUCAUGUUAUCCACGACAAGAAAUAUGCAUACCACAGGAUUGUCCUGAAGAAACCAAUUAUGUAUACUAUACAUGUUGCGAUGAUCAAUGUUGUCAGCAAUGGCGAAUAUGGGUUCUACCAGCUCUAUUUGCAUCAACUGCUUUCACUAUGGGUGCGUUUUUUGCAUUUUGCUUCCACUGCCGUUGA